AUGAAGUAUUGGAAUAUGGAAUGUGAGCAACGAUCUGAUGUCAUAUUUGCUGCUGGUCUUUUUGCUCCUGCUUAUCGAGCGAAAAGUGACUUUGCGUACUUUGUUAGGAAUGCUGAACAGCACCUUCCCGCUAUACAGUCUUAUGACCACUGGGGAAAGAGAGUGGACAUUUUGCGCACCAGUGAAGGUUGGCGAAAGCUUAAGGAUCUAGCUUGCACGGAAGGUAUCAACUCUAUUGCUUAUGAGGGAAAAUAUGGUGAAUACGACAGAGUGUACCAUUUCGCUAAAUACUGGCUUUAUUCGCCGUCUUCAGUAAUGUUUGUCUGCCCUUUGGGGAUGACUGACGGCGCCGCUCGAUUAAUUGAACUCUGUGAUGACGACGAGCUCAAGCAGAAUGCCUUUCAGCAUUUGACUAGCCGAGACCCAAAACAAUUUUGGACGUCGGGUCAAUGGAUGACAGAGAAGAGUGGAGGAUCUGACAUUAGCAACACUGAAACAGUUGCAACUCCUAUUGAUGCAGCCAAUAAUGUUUGGGCUCUCAAUGGCUUCAAAUGGUUUUGUAGCGGCUGUGACGGAGAUAUGGCCAUGUUAUUAGCUCGUCCCACUGAUUCAUCUGGUGGACCUGGUAGUAAAGGACUCUCGUUAUACUAUGCAGAAACCAAAACAAAUGGCAAAUCCAACGGCGUGAGGUUUCACCGUCUAAAACAUAAACUCGGGACUAAGGCAGUCCCAUCUGCUGAAAUAUUACUCGAUAAUAUGGUCGCAAAACGAGUGGGAGCCCCAGGUCGAGGUGUAGCAACCAUUUCGACGAUCUUAAAUAUUACUCGAUUGCAUAACGCUGUCAGGCCAGCAGCUGCUGUAUCAAGGGCCUUAGCGAUUUGCCGUGACUUUGCUCGUAAACGGAAUAUCGGAGCAACGCCCCUGACUAAAUUGUCAUUACACUCUCGAACUUUGGCUCAAAUUGCCUUGUCGUAUCGCAUUAUGACACACUUCACCUUUUAUGCUAUACGUAUCCUUGGUAAAGUAGAACACGCUUCUAGACAGCCAAUAGCGCAGAGAGUAGUCGGUUGGCAAGAUGAUGCUGUUUUAUUGAGGUUACUGACGCCAAUAGCCAAAGGAUUUGUCGCCAAGUUGGCGAGUGCUGCCUUGACUGAGGCUUGCGAAUGUCUAGGUGGAAAUGGAUAUUCUGAAGAGACGCUUCUACCUCGUUUAUUGCGAGACUCGAUUGUCUCGUCGAUUUGGGAGGGGACAACCAACGUUCUCGGAAUGGACGUAUUGAGGGCAUUAAAAGAUGCCAAUACACUCCCUACGUACUCAGCAGCAGUACUAUCGUGUUUGAAAUCACCGCACCCACAACUAGCAUCCUGUGCAGUAACAGUCAAAAACUACUUGUCGGAUAUACAGGCUCAUAUCGCUCAAAUCAAUUCCACUUUGAAUCCCGAGGACGUAGAUGCUUCUGCACGUGAAUUGUUGAUGAGUAUGGGAAGGACAUUGAGUUGUGCCUUGAUGAUUGAACACGCUACUGCCACGAAUAAUGAAGCCGAUGUAAUAGCUGCUAGACGAUACGCCUCUAUGGUUGAAACUGGUGUUGAACCCAGGCUUUUGAGAAUGAGAAAUGCCGUUGAGAGACGAGAAGAUGACAUUAUCGCAAUGGGAGAAUCAUCUUCGAGUGCUGCUUUCGGUCCCCCUGCUCGAUUAUGA